UUCCGGUAGCAACCCCGGACCUGGAGGUGCAAGCGGACUACCGGUUUCAGGGAGCGGCUGGCUGGUCCUGAAACAGCGCGCGCGAAACCCUGGUCCGGCAGCUCUGGGCGCCAUGGACCCAUUUCUGGUGCUACUGCAUUCUUUGUCGACCAGCCUGUCGAGCAGCGAGCUGACUGAUCUCAAAUUCUUAUGCCAGGGGCGCGUGGGCAAGAGGAAACUGGAGCGCAUGCAAAGUGGCCUGGACCUCUUCUCUGUGCUGCUAGAGCAGAACGAUCUGCAUCCCCAGCGCACGGAGCUGCUGCGCGAGCUGCUGACCUCUCUGCGGCGCCACGACCUGCUGCAGCGACUAGACAACUUUGAGGCGGGGGCUACCGCCGGCGCAUCGCCGGGAGAGGCAGACCUGCGUGCAGCAUUUGAUGUCAUCUGCGAUAAUGUGGGAAGAGACUGGAGAAGACUGGCCCGUCAUCUUAACGUUUCUGACACCAAAAUUGAUGCAAUCGAGGAGCGAUACCCCCGCAACCUGCCAGAGCGUGUGAGGGAGUCGCUGAGGAUCUGGAAGACCUUGGAGAAGGAGAAUGCGACCGUGGCCCACCUGGUGCAGGUGCUCAGGGACUGCAAGAUGAACCUGGUAGCCGACCUUGUGGAGGAGAAACAGCAGGCCCGGGAGUCCCAAAAUGAGAGCCGAAGCAUGUCCCCAAUGUCAUGGGACUCAGAUGCGCCCUCCAGAAAUGGACCUGCACAGCCCCACCACUCUUCUGGGGGACCAAGUCCACUUGGUGCUGUCCACCAAGAGCAGCCCAGUGCCUUUGGUGCCCAGCUUUUGCCGCUGCAGCCCCACCACUUCUGAAUGAAAGCUGUGUCUACACAGUGUCCGUCAGGCUGGGGUUUGGGCAUUGCACAGAUGUCCCCAUGUUUCCCUUACUGUCACCCUAGGACAGGGAUUCUGUCACCUUUGCUCAGUGAGCACCUGCAGGAAGAGGUUGAAACUGAUGAGCACAUAGAAGGAACCUGUUGUCGCUGGUGCUUAUUACUGUCACUCUGCAGGUGAGCAGGGGCAGGAGGGGGUCAGAGAGGAAAACAGCACAUCUGGCUCCAGAACCCACACUUCUAACCACUGUCUUGCUGCUGCCUUCACAGCUGACCAUCAGGUAGACCUGGACACCAGGAUCAAGUGGGAUCCUGCCUCGUAGUCAAAACACCCAUAUACUCUUGGUCCCCUGAGUGAGCAAUGUCUCUGAGGCUGGCAAAAGGGCAGUGGUGGCUAUGGGGACGGACUGAGGGGAAGCCUCAGAAUUGCUCAUGAGAGGCUGGUGCAGUUAGCACUCAGUAAAUGAGGAUGAUUGCUGUGAUUGUGCAAUUUACCAUUUUGUAUCAGAAUCACUGUCUGAUAACAGAACCAGCAAGAGAGCAGCCCUGCUGCCAAGGCAGUCUGGUGAACAAGUACCUUUCUGCUGGAAACUGUUACAUAGCGUCGCUGUUCCUUUUGAGGACACUUUGAUCUUAAAUCGUCUCUGGAAUCGCACUACAGCAAUGUCAGUCUGCCUUGCACUCAUCCUGGGUGCUCACCUAUGGGUAGGUGGCGGAUCUCCACUACAGAGCACUGACUGCAAGCAAAGGGUGGUCGGCCAGAGGGCAGCUUUGCCCUUUUGGGAUCUGCCUGUCUCUAAAAAUUGUCAAAACCAAAGCCAAGCAGCUGCAUUUUGUCCCAGCUCUCUAGCUGUGAGUAUGAAAAAAAAACCAUAUGUGUCAUACUGUGCUACCUUAACUGUGGAUUAUCAAGUCCUCAGCCAACGUCUUGGAUGCACUGUCCCUCUAAACUGUGGCCUUGGCCUUUGAGCUCCCAUGUGCCUUCCUGGUUACUCCCUUUCCAAAGGAUGAGCAGAAGUUUGGAGCAGAGCUAGGUUCCACCCAGUCUCCCAUGCCCUUGCAAGGCACCCAGCAUGAAGCUUGGAGGUUCAGAUGCAUCCCCAGACUCAGAAGUCCUCUUCCUCCUUUGCUGGAUUGUACCACUGUCUAUCCCGGGAUGGAGCAGAGGUGGGCCAGGUCCUGGCAGCAAAGCUGGAGGGCACAGUGAUGUGGGACCAUGUAACACAGGAAACCACCCCUGGAAAGGGGGACCCAGAACCAAACAGAGACAUCUAUUAUUGGUCUCCUCAGAGAGCAGCUGCUGUCAAGAUACUGCAGGUGCUGAAGCUAUGGCUGAGCAGGACAGCCUGCCCUCAGGAAACUCAGGGUGUGCCCACUUCCCUAGAACAGUAGGGAAAAAGCAAAAGUGCUCACAAGACCCUAGGUGGGAAGAUGAUGGUGGCAAGUGUUUGAUAGUGGGGAUGAUUUGCUAGAUGAUAAACUGUUUAUACUUUCUGUGAUGCAUUUUUUGGGGGAUUUUGUUGUUUGGAGACAGGGUCUUAUUACAUAGUUCAGGCUGGCCUUGAACUUACGGUGUAGCACAGGCUGGCUUCAAAACUCACAGCAAUCCUCCUGCCUCAGUCUCCUGAGUGCUAGGACUAUAGGUGUGCACCACUACACUCAGCUCAUUUUUCAGUUUCCAGGAAUUGCCCUGUAGAUGCAGUAGUUGAUACCUGGACUGUCUGGCAGGGCACCUGCACAGGGAGAAGGGGGAGCACGUGGCCUCUCAGGUCUGGCCUGGGUUUGAGUCCUGGCUGUGCUUCUAGUGGCCCCAUCACCCUAAAGGGACCAUCAAUAAAUAUAGGGGCUGGGGAUUUAGCUCAGCGGCACAGCGCCUGCCUGGCAAGCGCAAGGUCGUGAGUUCGAUUCCCGGUACUGGAAAAAAAACAAAAAAAACCCAAAAAAACAAAUAAAUAUUAAGAGUGUGAGCUUCAUUCUCAGGGACCUUAAAAAUAAGCAACAAAGCUGAUUAUGGUGGCACAGGUCUGUAAUCCCAGUACUCUGGGAGGCUGAGGCUGGAGGAUUAAAAGUUCUAGCCCCCUGGGCCACUUAGCAGCAUAAUGAGACUUGUCUCAAAAUAAAAAGGAGGGGGGCAGGUAGCUCAGAGCAAAGGCCCUGGGUUGGCUCUCCAGUUCCAGAAAAAAAGAGAAGAAAACAAAGCAGGACUUUACCCAGAGCCCCAGGGAACAGUCCAGAGGUCAUUUCACUCAGAACAGAGGAGCCCACCAUCAGCUCUGACCCUGGGAUGUCGCCCUCUGCCCCUCUGGUUGCUGGAGUUGGGGAUGGUGCAGCACCUCUCAAGGAAAGGCACUCGAUCUUCCUAACCUCCCAUGGGACAGAUGUGCUCAAUGUCCAAUCAGUACCGUGAUCUAGAAGACAGGUUCUGAUACAUCCUGCUCAGAAGGGAGCUGUUGUGUUUGAAGAGGGUUUCUUAAAGCAACUUUACCAGAAAAGAAGGAAAAAUCACAUUCCUCUUUUUGCAGCCAUGUACAUACAACCUGUGAUUCUGAAAAAGGUGCACUCAAGUCAUAGGGUUUGCCUAACAGCACAAGUGAAUAGCUGCAUCUUGCUGACCUAUGUCCAGAUGUCUAUGUUUUGCAGGGGGUUCGAGGCCUCUGCAUGGGUUUGCCCUGGACCAAAGGCUCCAGCCCUCCUUUUUUCCAGCUGCUUUCUCCCCACCUUCCUGUAUGAAGUGGCCUCCACACACCAUGGCAGCCCUGCUUUCCCAGCUCCACCGCACACGGGUGCUUCUUUCACCCCUCUCCAGCAGUCACCCCCCAGACUCCUUGACUCCCUGCAAGCAUGCUACACCAUAGUCUCCCCUUGCUGGAGUUGCAGAUUGCCACAGCUACUGCGCACUUUCACUUUGAGACGUUGCUUUUGACUACUCUUGCCAUGAACAACUCUUGUGCCUCCUCCCAGAUGCCAUGCCCUGGUCUCAUCUCACCAGGGAGCACAGACCCCUCAUGGCCUCUCCUGUCCCAGAUCCUGGAACCUGCUGCAUCUCUCUAGCCACCUUCUUUUCUGGAGGUCCUGCACCCUUAGUCCUUGUAUGAGUCUCCUUUGGCUGCUAUAACAAAUCACUGCUGGUUUACUGGCUUAACUCACGUUUUUCUUAAGGUUCAAAAGGUCAGGAAUCCAAAGUGGAUCUCCCAGGGUUCAAGUGAGGUGUGAGCAGGGCUGGCUCCUUGCCUCGGCAGCAACUCUGGCAGCUUGUGCUCAUCUGAGCUUCCAGCUCGAAGCCUUCCCACUCCUGUCCCUUCCUGUCUCCCUCCCUCUCCCAGUGGCUUCUGAGUGACCCAGGAUCAUCUUCCCAUCACAACGUCCUUCAUUUAACCACUGUGUGACAUUCCUUUUGCAGUGUCAGAGAGCAUACGGAUCCUGGGGAUUAGGACGUGGACAUUGGGCCUGGUGCUUCCCUGGAUGCUCACUCAUCUGCCAGCUGGGCUAGCCUCCUGUCCCUUGGGCUCACUCCCCUACAGCAGAACCAGGUCCAGAACCCAGCGCCUCAUAAUCCUUUCUCUUGGCCACCUUCUAUUCUGCGCUAUGUUGCUACCCUCGUUCCCAGCACAGCCAGCCCCUGCUCUGGACCAGAGCAAAAUGACCUAACAUCACCCACCACUACUCUUGUCCUGGCCCAGCUCAGCCCAGCCCCCACCAGCAGCCCUAACCACAGACCCCUGCCUCUCUCUGGAGAAGCCACAAGCUCUCUGUGGACAGUUCUAGUUUCUUUUUUUUUCCAUAACUAAUCUGAGUCAUCUAGCUGACUGCUUUCUGACCACACACUCCCAGUGUGGAUGGAGUUUGGAACCAGAUGGCGAAUGUGACUCGAGGCUGCUUAUGUUCAUGCCAAAGUGGCCAGUCACCCUGGCUUGUCUCUCAGGGAAAAUUUGCAAGAGAAAGGCAUUUUCACCAAAGUAGCCCUUAGUCUCUUGAAUCAUGCACUAGGUGGAGAUGCUGUGGUAAGAACCAUGUACACCCUGUGGAUUGUCACCAGGGGACAGGGUGAUUCAAGGAAGGAAUGGGGUCCUCACUGAGCAAGACCUCAGUGGUGAGGUAGAAGAAAUAGGUAGAAAGCAGACAAGGAGAAUUGUAACUUUAAAAUUGUACUUUUAAGAAGACUGCUUAAAAGUUACCCAGUGUUAUCCGUAUCUUUAUUCCAUACAUUACACCCUGAGCUUGUUCAUAUUCAGACUGGCUUUUUCUUCCAAGGAUGAAUUCAGGCUUUUUCUUCCAAGCCCAUCACAGCUAAAUCCUUUAAAGACACUGUAAACCCAAUGUGUGCACUUGAAUGGAUUACGAAAUACCUAAGGCAGUAAUAAAGCACAGUUACCAGUGUGUCUAGCUGGCUUGUGGAGGCAUGAGCUUGGGUACUGUGUAUGGUCUCUUGCCCGCUCCUCUCACUGUUCUCUACUUCCUGGCCACUGGGAAAUAACUUUGUUUUAACAUGUCCUUCUGCCGUGAUCUUUCUGCCUUAGAACCAGCUAAUCAUGGACUGAAUUUCUAGCAACCGUGAGAAGGUUAAACUCCCCUCCUCUAACUUGUGGGUGUCAGAUAGUAUGUCUCUGGCGGGAAAGCUGACUAAUACAAAGUCCGUUAAUUAGCUUAGUUGAUAAGGGAAAGAGCCAGGUACAUACCUGUAGCUCAAUACUCAGGAGGCUGGCUAAAGCAGGAGAAUUGCCUCCAGCUUGAGUCUACCUUAGGCUACAUAGCAAGACCCUUUCUCAAAAAAAAAAGUGGCAACCUCAAAAGUGUUAGAACAUCUUAGAUCACCUAUCUUAAAGGACUCCUCUAAAAACAUAUAUUCCCAACCACAGACCAUAAUGUGCCUCCGGAGAGCCCACCCUCUUUUGUGCACUGUGAUUCUGCCUAAUAAAUCCUUUUGUGUCCCUCUCUAA